AUGAAGUUCUCUCUCGCUCUGUUCGUUGGCGUAGCUGUGGCUGCCCCUUCUCUGCAGAUUCGCCAGACUGACGGCUGCGCCAUCUAUGAAACCUGUUUUCAAUUCCCGCUGCCAUGUCCAUCUGGUCAUGUUUCGAAGGAAGUGAAUGGGUGUUACACUUGCUGCCUUGUUGGAUGA